CCUCUGAAUACUCGAUCCUACAAGCUUGGAAGCGGACGAAGGACGAAACUAAGGGGACACAACACCCAAGAGCCUCGAUGCCCAUAUGCCGAGUUUUCUCAUACCAGCCCGCAACUCACGGCAUCGGACAGCAUGCUUGGCCCUCUACCGCGCCCUCCUCAAGCAAGCCCCCACCAUCACGCUCCCCGGUAACCUGAUCCGGGCCUGGGGCCCCGGCAACCCGAUCAAGCACCUAAUCCGGCGGUCCUUCCGGCGCAACCUCGCCGACACGAGCCCGCGCAUCGUCUUCCCCGCCCUCAAGGCGGGGUACCAGAUGCUCGCGCUGCUGAAGGCGUCGUCGCCCCCCUCCGUCCAGUGGGCCCGCAACCUGAACCACGAGUCCGUCAUCGCGUUCCUGCGCGCGCGCCUGCGCGAGCGCAACGCCACCCUCGCCGCCAAGGAGCUGCACCCGCCUAAUAGCCGCAACCCGCCUAAGCUGACCAGCGCCCCGCGGAAAGAUACCGUGCCCUUGCUCGUCGACGUCACGCCCGCCCCUACGCCCGAGAACCCGCGCCCGACGCCCGUGUUCGCGACGCCGCACCGGCCGCGCCCCGCCGAGGAGUUGGGAGGGACGGGAAAGAGACAUGUCCCGCGCUUGGACCUGGCGUUCGAUAUCCCGUUCCUGAGGAUCAAGAAGCCGCAGCCGCCGGUGCUGAGCCGCGUGCUGCACCAGAAGAUCAAGAAGCGCGUGGAGCGGUUCGAGUCCCUGGGCGAGUUCUCGGAGUUCUCGCUGCCGGAGGCCGAGCUCGAGGAUAUGUGGGAGAAAGGCGUGGGUGAGCUGUUAAAGAGACAUCAGAACAGCAACUCUGGUGAUGGCGGCAGGAGUGCCGGGAACAGAAUAAUCCCAGAUAACCCCGAGGUAGGGGCCAUAUAUAACGAUAUCUGGGGUGGGGAAACGUUCCAGAGCACGACGAGGAGACACGCUCUCGACUACAUAUAUGGUAAACUCAACGAGGAACGGGUCCGAGAGGUCGCGCGAGCAGACGCCAUGCGCAAGCUGAUCGAGGAAGAGACCGCGCUGGCUGAGCAGGAGAAGAUACAAAGAAUCCAACAGAAGCGCGCCAUGAAAUGGGGACGUAAGUUGGCGAGGGCAGAAGGCAAGACGGAGGAGCCGCAAGGCGAGCAGUGGGAGAAGCUCGAGGCUGCUAGUAAGGCUGCUAGUCUGGCUGCUAGUCGGCCUCCUACUCAACCUGCUACUAAACCUGCUACCCAACCUGUUAAACAAAAAGAGCGCGAGUCUCGCCCGGUUCAGUUCUUGGAAUGACCGGGUAGGGUCUCGUAUAGUGUAGAUGAUAUGCAUUUGGUAUGCGAGCGAAUAGCUCUGGCUACAUAGAAGUAUAUAUACCCUUAUACCCCUUACUCCUUGCGCGAAACGAUUGAUGCCGCUCGAAUUUUAUAUUUUCGGCUGUGGCCGAAGCAAAUUG